GUAUUUACCCCUCGGUGCUUAAAGCCGUUAACUUGUUGUAGCGUGUCGGGUGCGGUCUUGAGAGCUCGUGUGGCGUCACGUCGUUUUACUGUGAAACAACAUGGAGCACACAAAGUAAACACGAAUGUGCGUGAGAAGAAAGCUCGAUCGACAGUCCAGCUCUUCGCGCCGUUUCGCGUGCACGAUCGAACCUGUGGAUCGACAGUGAGUGCGCCAUGUUCGCGCGUCGCGGCACGUCACCGGUUUGACGACGUCGCUCAGUUGGUGCGGCGAGAAGAAGUGCGGUCGAUUGUGUAUGUGUGUGUUGUGUACGUAUGUCGCUUUGUGGUGAUGCCGACGUGUGGUAUGACAUGUGAGUGCGGUUCGACACAACACGGAUGAAGCUGUAACGUUUGCAAUACGGAAAACACAUGCGGAUUCAUCAGCACGCGGUUAUGGCAUCGUGGAAUAUACGCUAACAGUUGCUCUCAGUUGCUCUCAGUACGCCCGAGUUCGCGUGCGACGGGGAGAGGGUUCACCGUUUAGAUUUGGAUCUGGCCGAAAUCACAUCGAAUCGGACGCGGUCGGACCGUCCUCUCCUCGGCCGGAAAGACACGGUGCGGCUUCCGGUGAAUUCAGGGUGGAGGGAUAUGAGGGAGAGGAGACGGAAAGGGGGUUCACAGUUUGCCGGCGCAGCUAACAAACAUCGGCGAGGAAUCGUCAUCGUCACAUGACAACGAUGAGCGGGAGCGAUUCGAGUGCGACGGCGACGCUGACAGCGACGGCGAGGGUCGCCGUCGUUACCGCGGCGUCCCCCGUCGCCGACGAAGAGGAGGAAGAUCCGGCGGCCUUAACCCUGGACUCCACCGACAUGGAUCUGGUGAACGGACCGAAUCCCUGGCUUCCGGCCUACGGCUUCCAGCUACAACACCAUUCGCAUUUCCAGCCAACGCAUUUGGAGGAUUUACGGGCUAAUGAUACAGUAUUAGUACAGCACGUGGAUUUUUUGGAAACAAUUUUGGAAGAAACAUCCGACGAUCUUCAAAGCGACUCCGAACGCAGUGGAACGACGUAUUGGUUGGGAUCCGAUUCGGAAACUGAGAGUGUGAUUCACAUCAGAUCGAAACAGAGAUCUGCAGACGAGCGGCUGGACGGCAGCGGUAGCGAAUGCAACUCGGUGGUGCCGAAGAAACGACGUCGUCGCGAUCACCACGGCGCUGACUAUCAUCACCAUCAUCAUCAGGUGACGAGCUACGACGAGUACCCGGCGUCACCGAGAUCCUCCCGGUCCACCGGGUCCUCUCGGUCGAGCUCGUUGCUGCAGUUCGAAUCCUUGGAGAGGACCUGCGCCACCCUAUCGCCGUCGAGCUACAGCUAUGACUCCUUGGAAUACUCAAAUCGAUCGAACGCCUCGCAUCCGGAGAACGACUCACCCGACAGUCUGGAGCAGGAUUACGACAGAUUGCUGCCGAACGGUUUCGCCGGCACUAUGGUCGACCAUUUUCCACGGAUCAGGCCGUACCGCAGCUUUGAGAGCCUGGACACGUGUCAGAAGGACGAAGGCUUCGGUCAAGUGGCUAUGCCGAAUGGUUUCGCGCCUUUGUUUCUGAAGAGAGGUGCUGAUCUGUCGAAUAUCAGGAAAAACAAUCAGCAUGUGAGAGACUUCUGGCACGAGGAGCGAGAAUACGUGGACGAUGAUGAAGACGACGAAGACGAUUUCGAAGCGUAUGAGCGCGUCGGGAUAAACGAUUCCCGAUUAACGACGAGCGAUUUCGAGGAUCAGCUGCUGCUGUACGGCGAGUCCGGCAAGUACGCGACGUCUUUGGACUACCGAAACACGAUCGAUCUGCGAGAGAUCGGCGUGGAGACGAAGCGGGAUACUCUUUUGGAGCUGAAAUCCGGCCAGAAAACAGCCAGGUUAAAUAUAGCUGGCGGUGGCAACGCAGAGCAUCAUCAUCAUCAUCACCAUCAUCAGCAUUCGCAACAGCAGCAGCAGCAGCAGCAGCAGCAGCAGCAGCAGCAGCAACAGUACGAUCAACACGAUCACCAUCACCACCACCACCACCGCCAUCGCCGCCGCCAACAGCAGCACCAAGGGUGGAGCCACGAGGAGCACUUUAAUUUUAGAUUCACGGACAAGUCGCAGAGCGCGCCCAGUCUGCUCGGUAGUGUCAAGCAGUCUGCACGUAGCGACGAUUUGGACUCGCCACCAGGUCGUCUACGCACUUCGCGAACUACCUCCUACGUGUCGACGUCGUCCCUUUUCGAGAACUAUACGCGGGUGGCCAGUGUGCCGGUAGACUUGAAUCUCUGCGGCGUCGUCGCCACGUGCGACGACGAGAUGAACGGCCACGAAAUGGCGGACGAAACCGCGAUGCCCGACGAUGAGACCGCUGUGACCCCGAAGAAGAACCCGCGAGACGAGGAUGCCGAGAACCCGGAGGAGAACGACGAGGCGCAAAUGAAAGUCGCGUUGACCAGUUCGGUCAGAACGCAGCCGGCGCAGAGUGUGAUCAUGGACGGCGACCUGGCGAAUCGUAAGGAGAAGAAUGAAGAACGAACGAAGGUCGAGUGCGCGGAUCUUUACUGUGAGAAGCAGCAGGCGCUCGGUGAUAAAACACCGACGAAAACGUCGACGGUGAAGACGCAGGAUCACGCCAACUGUGUACUAGACAUAGCGAUGAUGACGGAGAACGAUCUCGACGAGGCAAUUCGGCAAUUUAAGCGAGAAGUGGAGGAGGCGGCCGUUUCUGAAAUGGCAAGCGCCGCCAUUUUGGCGAUGGAGUCGAUCCAGCGGACGCCGUCCGGUCGGCUGAGGAAUCGGUGGGUGAAGAAUAACGCCAGCUACGAGCUAGCACAGCAGCUCGAGGUGGACGAGCGGAAUUUCCAGAGGAAGUUUAAGGACGAGAAUCACGACAAUGCUGAGACUUGUGGACGGAAACGCGUGCUGAACAACGCCAGCUACGAGCUGGCACAGCAGUGCGAUUAUAUCAAAUCAUUGCAGAGCUCACGAUCGGCGUUCCACCGGAUGGAUGCCUGCGACGAGCUGGAAGAAAACGCAUCCGGGCGCUCCUCAGCGCUGAGAAUUGCCGAAGCGAUUCGUCAGACGGACUCCGAUACGAACAUCAGCGAGGAUUUGUAUACUCGGUCAAUUGAGCGGCGGCAGGACGACUCACUCUUCGGUCAGAUAAAAAAAAACUCGGAUCCAUUUUCAGUCUGUGGCGAUGCUAGCAAGCUGAGCCCGCGACUGCUAGAUGACGAAGUAGAUUAUCCCUGCUUGGAAACCAAACCCAUAGAAGUGUCCUGCUUGAAGAAUAAAGUCGUUCUCCAUGAAAAACCGGCCCAGUUUGAAAGUGUCCUUGAAAAUUUUGCGGUGUCUUCCAACGUCGACAAAGGAUCUUGCGACAAGCGCGAGGAAGAGCCUGAAAAUGCGUGCAAGAAGAGUUUCAUCGGUGAGUUUUAUCCGGAAAGAACAGUGCAGCUUUCUCCGAAGGACGAGAGUAAGGAGGGAGAGUGGAAGGAAAAUUUGGAGAACGCGUCGUUAAACGAGGACCCCGAGGAGCGUUCUCGCAGCUCUAGCACCAGCGGUCGUCUGUGGAGAGUCGUGAUCGAGAAGCAGGCGAAGAAAAAGGAGCAGGAAGAAGAGGAGGAGAAGAAGAGAGACGGGAUGGAAAUGGUGGAGAAGAAGGAGAAGGGACACAAUGUCCGCGGUGUUGGUUACGACUCCCCACCCAGCGACUCCCCGCAUUCACUCGUUAAACGCAGUAGUGGGAAGUCUGUGCUAGCUGUGGCGGCAGUUGAUACGAAUCACCAUCACGACGAACGUCAGGGCGACGAACGUCAGCGCGCGUUGAACAUAAACAGGGAACACGCGAGCGUUGCGAUCGCGAAACGUCCGUCGUUUCCGAGGAAGAAGGAACCGUACGCCGUGUCAUCCUCGACCUCUCUGUCAUCGUCUUCCUCCACUGCCACCAUGAAGAGCGAGGAGAGGAAAAAGGGCGGUCUGGGCGGCUUCCUGCAGAGAUUCUCCAGACUCAGGUUCAGCGGUAGAACCAAGGUGCCGCGCUCGGAGGCGCAGAAGAAGGUCGUCGUCGAGACGACGACGACGAGAAUGCAGGAGGAACAUCAACAGUCAACCAAGAAGAAGGAGCCGGACUAUAUCAUUAUACCGCUGCAUCCGCCUGAGGAGGAGAGGAGACGCCAGCAGGAGGUCGUUACUCUCGAGGAGGCUGCCAGGAGGAACAAUGUGGACAUUCAGAGAAGCGCCUCCAGUGUCAGCAGCAACGGGAGGGCGCCAGUGUCCAGCAAACCACCCCUGCCGCCUCAACCGCCACGCGUCGCCGCUUUGGGUACGUCGACGCGAGCCUCAGCGUCGGCGUCGGCGUCGACGGCAGCAGCGGUGUCGCGCCGACGCGCCGCCACGGAUCUCGGUAACCCGGCGGCGAUCGAGAUGGCGAAAGCGCGCGCGAUGUACACCGUAGGCCCGGAGCGCCCGAUCGGCCUGCUGGAGACCGAUCUCGACGAGGCGGUGUACGACGCCACGAGUACGCGCGCCGCCGCCGGUGGUCCGCCGACCACCGCUGCCGCCGCAACCACCGCGGCUGGCGGUAAGAAGACCCGCAGCCUGCUCGAUCUCAACCACACCUCGGCGGCGGCGCCGCGGCCGCGGCCCGAGCACGCCCUCCACGUACCCCAGUCGCCCGUCGGCGCUUCGCACAGGACACCCCUCCGUGACGACGACGACGUCGCGUCCGUCGCAACGUCCGCUAUCCACCAGCGGCCGCACAAGUCCAUGGAGUUCCUCCUCGACAAGGAGAACCUGCACUUCGUCAAGCCGCCGGAAAAUGAACUACAGAAGGUGGGCGAGCGGGUGCCGAGCGAGCACGAGCUCAGGGUGCAGCGAUCGCUGCAACGGCUCAAUGUGCCCGAUUGGUACAAAAAUUCACCCGCUGCCCGCGACGGUUUCCGGCUGAAGAGACAUUCGGACGCGUCGCAGCACGGAGGAUGGCGCGCCCUCGGCUCCAAGACCACUUCCCUGUCGUCCCUCUCGUCGUCUUCCAAUCGACAGCCGACCACAGGUGUCCUUUUGAGUCCCAGCCCGACGCCCCCCGUAUUUUCGAGAUGGAGUACCAGCUUGCUGAAUAGCGCCGGCAGUUCACCCGCGAGUUCGGCCAGAUCAUCCUUCAAUCAUCGGCAGCCCUACUUGGGCUGGCGUUCUCAGGAACGAUUGACCAACCCGCGCACACCGGCGGAACGUCUUGCUCAGGGUAUUCUUCCUCAGCUACAGGCUGCAAACAAACAGCAGCAGCAGCAGCAGCAACAGCAACAACAACAGCAACAGCAGACAACGAAUCAGCAACUGGAGGUACGGAACUCGAUAAAGGAGGUGACCUCGGCCAUCGUGCACUACGUGCAGAGCGGCCAGGAGGUCGGCAGUGGCGGCACGCUUUCACCUCGAUCUCGACCUGAAGAUUGGAAUGACAGGGGUGGAGCGAGGUCUACCAGCCCCAGAGGAUCGGGCCAGAGCGAUACGGACGAGGCGAUGGCGACGGCAGCUCUUCUGCGGAACAAACCGAGCCCGGGCUCCACGACCCUGGAGGAUGUACUCGACUCCCUCCUGGGGCUGCCACCCGCGUCGCGUACCCCGAGUCCUGGCCCGGGGGGACCCGUCGUGACCGCCACGUCCGCCGUCCGUCAUCGCCAGACGAAAGCCGGGAAGAGCUGCAGCGACCUACGCCAAGACCUCCAAGAGUCCGCUAGGAGUGUAAUAGAUGUUCAUCAGGCGACCGUGGAGGACCAACGGGGUUUCUACUCGGGCGAGCUGGUGCGACGGAAGAGCGAGGGCAGCGAUACGCUGCCCGCAUCGCGCAGCGCGACGUCUGCCGCCUCGUCGACGUCGAUUCUGCCGCGUGGAGGUGGUGCACCGCGUCAUCGUCGAGUGUCUUUCGACAACGCCCAGGACUCGGCGAACGGCAGCUUGGCCGUGGACAAGGUGGUGCGCUGCCGCAACAACAAAUGCAGCAACUCGACGAGCCUGGCGGAGGCGAGGCGCACGUACAAGAGUUGCCACAAUUGCACCUGCUUGUACUGCUCGCGGGAAUGCCGACGCGCUCACUGGCAGCGCCAUCGUCGAACCUGCCUGCAUUCACGGGCCGGCAGCCUGUGCCGGCAGGUUCUGUCAUCGGCGAAGGAGGACCCGACGACCCUGAAGCACAUCUCGGCCCUCGCGAAGCGCGGUUACGCCGCGCACGGUCGCGGCGCGGUCAAGUGUUUCUUCUCGAGUCCGGAAGCGGCCGAGCGCUUCGUCGGCAACGGCUUCAACGAUUUGGGCGAGCCGACGUACGUGCGCUGGCCGGAUCUCCUGCCGGGCGAGAUGGGUGCCGAGUUGUACGCCGAGCUGAUGCGCCUCUGCAAAACGUACAAUCCAGAGGCGCGGCUGGUGCUUUACGUCGCGGUGUGCGUGGUGAGUGAGGUGCCGACCAGUGGAGCCGUCAGAUGGGAAAGACAGUUGGUGUCCAGGUGCGCCAAGAUCCGGCUGGACGGUGCAGCCAAGCAGCACGCCUCGUCGUCGUCGGCGUCGCCGCAGGCUCGAAGACAGCAAGCGCCCGCAUCGCCCUGCAACAUCACUCGCGAGAUGGACUCGCCGGAGACCCUGGUGCUGACGUCACUGCCAGGAAACAACGGACAGAACACGCCGCGUAGGGCGCGCGAGAUCAGCUUCACCAACAUUCAGCAGCAGCUCAGGCUCCGAGGUGUCUCUCUCAGGAGACACUUCCCGCAGGUCUAUCGAAAGCUCUGCUCCUACGUGGACGGCUCGGUGGACAAAUUCGCGCCGGUCACCAUAUAUCCUAGGGAUCAGGCGUCCGGCAAAAGCUUCAUAUGCAUCAUUAUGCUGGACGCGGAGCCGGAACGUCUUCAGCUGCUGCCCACAGACUCGUCCAGGGUGAGGACGGUGGACAUCAGCGUGGAGCAGGAGUAAAGAGAUCGUGUGUCAUCCGGGUGGAAAGAAAUCCAAGAAUGCUCGCAAUCGCAAGACACGUCGCUCAGGAUUUUCCUCAGGUUCUCAGCAAAGGAAUUGGAGAUAGACUUCUCGAGGGUGAAGAUAACCAAUGUCGACUAGUUUGGAGUGAAGAAUGAAGAUCAUAUCUGGAUGAAGACAGACCUCAAAACGCUCGGGAUCGCAAAACACAUUAUUUGCGAUUUUCUUCAGGUUCUCUCACGAGAAAGAUCGGAGACGAAAGGGAAAGUGCUGUGCUGUGGUGUCAGCCGGGAAGAAUAAAUAAAUCUGCACGAUAAUAAAGAAUCGAAAGCACAAUCCCUAAUGGGAUAUCUUUUCGAUAUUUCUAUCGUCUGGCAAGAUAAGACAUCCAAGUGCAAGAGCACAGUGCGAGAAUGUGAACGAAAGUCGAUCAAGUAGGUCUGGAUGAGUUCGGCAUUUGACGUUGAGCUCGCUUAUUUGCGUGAUUUCACACAUACAAAGACUGUUUCUACUUCUCCUUCUAGAAGCAAAAAAGAAUCGAAUGCGAGAAACGAAGCGUUGUUCUACUCAUGUACACUCUAUUUUGCGACAUUCUGCAUAUCGCGUAACAAGGCAACCCUCUGCCGUUUCAGAAGCCCCUCGAUUUCGUCGUUGCUGCAGUGUGAAAUGUUUAUCAGUCGUUCAUUGAGAUCGAAAAAUCGUCAUCAACCGCUUCAUCCUUUUAGUAAUACCAAACACAUAUAAUAAUUUUUCAAGAAUUCGAGUAAUUCAAUAUUUUUAAUUGCAAUUAUUUCAAAUGUAUAUUAUAACAAUUAGGUGAGUAAUAAUAACGACGAGGUUUAUUGCAGAUAAAUUUUAUCGUGUGUGGUUGAUAGCUGAUAGAAACUUCAAUUUAUUUUAUUACAAUGAUAUUCUUUUCCUACUGAUUCUUUUUCUAUGAAAGGAUUAGCGAUGAUUUCGAGAUCCUCGGUGAACGGAGUGGAAAGUAAUACUUACAAUUAGGGUACGUUGUUGUCUCUUCGUUCAACUUUGCAUCGUUUAAAUUUUAUCGUAUAUAUUAUAUGUAAAGGCGAGAUGCACUUUUCUCAAAUGUGCUCGCAAUUAAUCUUUAUCAGAUUACGCUUAGAUUCCAUAUUAUCAAAAAAAGAAAAAAAAAUCGAUUAAAAUUGUAUAAUAUAAAUUUAAAAGAGGAACCUCUUGAAGAAAUAUACCGAAUUUUAAUUUGUUCACAAGUAUCGAUUUAUAAUCGCUAAGGAAACACUUGCCUUACUCUUCGGUAUGUGGACAUAAUUCUCAUCUCGUAUUAUUAAUUGGACUCGAUAAUAUUAGCAUGUUUAAUCAAUUAAUUUAAUUUAAUUUAAUUCAAUAAUGUUAACAUGUAGUCGCAAAAUUCAUUUUAUAGCUGUACAAUUCUUUAAAUGUGUGGG